GCCCUGGAGAAAGCGCCCGCCAAAAGUGCCCCGCCUGGGAGGCUGGGCGGCAAAGCCCCCCUGGAUCCCGCCGGCGAGAGGCAGCUGGUGGACGAGGAGGAGCUGCUGAGGGAGAUAGAAGAGCUGCGCUCCGAAAACGAUUACCUCAAGGAUGAGCUGGAUGAACUCCGGGCUGAAAUGGAAGAGAUGCGGGACAGCUACCUUGAAGAAGAUGUUUAUCAGCUUCAGGAACUUCGGCGAGAGCUGGAUCGUGCAAACAAGAACUGUCGCAUUUUGCAGUAUCGUCUCAGGAAAGCAGAACAGAAAAGCUUGAAAGUUGCACAAACGGGUCAAGUGGAUGGGGAGCUCAUUAGAAGCUUAGAGCAAGAUCUAAAGGUAGCCAAAGAUGUAUCUGUCAGGCUGCACCAUGAAUUGGAGAACAUGGAAGAAAAGCGCGUUAAAGCAGAAGAUGAGAAUGAACUUCUUCGUCAGCAAAUUAUUGAGGUGGAAAUAUCUAAGCAAGCACUGCAGAAUGAGCUCGAUAGAACGAAAGAGAGUUCUUUGAAAAGAAGAGGUAGCAGGGAUAUUCACAAAGAAAAGAAGGCAUUUGCUCAGGAAGACAGUGCUGAUUUGAAAUGCCAGCUUCAAUUUGCCAAAGAAGAAGCAGCACUGAUGCGUAAGAAGAUGGCCAAGCUAGGCAAGGAGAAAGAUGAACUGGAACAAGAACUCCAAAAGUACAAGUCCAUCUAUGGAGAUGUAGAAAGCCCACUCCCUACUGGGGAGGCUGGAGGACCACCCAGCACAAGAGAGGCUGAACUGAAGCUUCGCCUAAAACUGGUGGAAGAGGAAGCUAAUAUACUGGGAAGAAAGUUAGUGGAACUGGAGGUGGAAAAUAGAGGUAUUAAGGCUGAGAUGGAGGACUUGAGGUGCCAGUACGAGAGAGCAUGUCUUAGUCAGGACCAUAUUUCAAGCAUUCCUACCUCACCAUAUAGUGACUCUCUGGAGUCAGCUGCAGAGCUACGCCGUCAUUUGCAGUUUGUAGAAGAAGAGGCAGAACUGCUGAGGAGAUCCAUCUCUGAAAUUGAAGAUCACAAUAAACAGUUAACAAAUGAACUAAAUAAAUUCAAGUUUGAGCCUGGACAGGAGUCUAGCUGGCUUGAUGAUAAUGCUUCCAAGUGUGGUGGGUCCUUACAAGAAGAGCUGAAAUCAGCCCGGAUGCAAAUCAAUGAACUGAGUGGGAAAGUGAUGAAACUCCAGUAUGAGAAUCGUGUUUUGAUGUCCAACGUGCAGCGCUAUGAUCUUGCCUCACAUCUAGGACUGUGGACUUCAAGCCCAAGGGACAGCGAUGCUGAGAGUGAUAUAGGGAAAAAAGAGUGUGACAAUGAAGAGGGCCGUCUACCUCAGCCAAAGAGAGAGGGUCCUAUUGGGGGUGAAAGUGAGUCAGAAGAUUUGUAUGAAAAGACAUCAGGUUUUGGGAGUGGGAAACCAUCAGAAGUUAGUGAUCCAUGCUCUAGUGAACUAACAAGAGCCAAAGAGGAUGCAGAAUCUUUGCUCAACAUCAGACGUGAGGCUGAACGUCUGGAAAGAGCUGUGGAUCGUCUCAUCAUUGACACUGAUAGCUUAAUUUAUGAAGCAAAAGUGCACAUAACCAGAAGUAAAUCGUCUGAGCAAGGUUUUGAAAAAGAUGAAGAAAGAGGAGAGAUGAAAAAGGAACCAGAACUUUUGGAUACAAUCAAUUCAAGGAUGAAAACUUUCCAUAAAGAACUGCAAACCUUCCUGGAGAAGGUUGAUAAUGUUGGGGAAGGCCUAAAAGAACAAAUGGAAGAUCUUUCUCCUCUUCCCCUUCUUACAGAGUCUUCCAGUUUUCUGUCCACAAUGACAUCCAUAUCCCGAGAGUCGCCCAUUGGUAAUCAGCCGAAGGAGUUAAUCACAGACUUCCAGUCCAAACUGAGGGAUCAGAUGGAGUGGCAGCGCAACCAAGACCAUGGAGAUGAGCAAGAGAUUCACCACCAACGAGGCACCGCCGAACCACACGUCAGAGCUGAUGGAGACUUUAAACUCUACAGGCCAGGAAAGAAGGGUUGUUUCAGUCUAGAGAAUGUAUCGAUACAAGAGCUUCAGGCUCAGCUUGAGCAGGAGGUGAAACUUCGCCAAGAAGAGCAAGAAAAACUUACAGAGAGGAUCAUUCAGCUGGAAGAGGACCAUCUGCAAAGCCUACAGAGGAAAGACUUGGAAGUGCAAAGCUUGACUUUGCAGAACAAAUUGGAAGAGAAGACAUGGAGUCAGGAGAAAAACCUGAUGCAUCAAGAACUCAGGCAUUUUAAACAGAACACCUUUCUCUUGUAUGUCAAACUGAAAUGGCUGCUGAAACAGAGGCAGGAAGGGAAGCAAGUGGAGGAGCAAGGAGAGGACAUACUUGAGUUGGAACACCUUGCUUCUAUGCCAGAAUUCAGUUUUCAAUCUGAAAAUAAGGAUGAUGAACAAGAAGAGGAGGAGGAAGAUGUAGUGUUUGCACUGACAGAUUACUCUCAACAUUCCACUGUAAAAACAUGUGACCGUGGACCACAGUUACAGACUGCAGAAUUGUUACAGCAUCAAAAGCAGGCAAGAGAAAAUCACCAACUUUUAAAUGCCCUAAAAGUUCUGCUGGAUGACUUUCGAUCUGAGCUCCAGGAGGAUGAGCAAGAACGUCACAAUCUCCAGCAGCAAUAUGCCACAGACAAAGCUGCUUGGGAGGUGGAAUGGACUAAGCUGAAGUGUCAGUUGGAGCAGUUUGAAGGGAAGAAUGGAAAAGCACAGAGUGACCUUGGUCUUGAUAUAAAGGCAGCUCUUAAGAGGGAGAGAGAGGAGCACAAGAAACUCCUCGCUGACAGUCACAAAAUUGUGAUGAACUUGCAGUGGCAAAUCCAGCACAGUGAGAAGAACUGGAACAGAGAAAAAAAAGAGCUUCUGGAACGGCUGGAUAACGACCGGCGAGAGUGGGAGCAGCAAAAGAAGGACCUGCUGAGGAGGCUGGAACAGAAGGUAAAUUCCAAAAGAGGAGACAGCAUCCUUUGUGACUCACAAGAAACUAGCCUUCAUUCAUUUUCAAAUAAAGGGAACCAUCAUGUGCCUCGUUCAGUAGGAUCAAGAUCCUACUCUGAUUCGGACACCAUGCAAUUUGAAGAUCGAUCACUGUCAAAACUGAAGGAAAGUGACCGGUGCACUGCCACAGAAAACCUCUUUCUAGACACAUUGUCUCUUGAUUCUACUGAUGAUGCUGAUGAACCGCAAUCUCAGAAAUUGGAACAAGAAACGUUUUUAAGUUGUGCAAGCGAGGAAGAAGAAGUGCACAAGGGAAAUCUUCAAAGGGCAAUGUCGGUUUCCUCUAUGUCAGAGUUCAAACGCUUGAUGGAUAUUUCUCCUUUUCUUCCUGAGAAGACUUUGCCUUCCUCUAGCACCAAAGAGGAUAUAACACCUCCUUUAUCCCCUGAUGAUCUGAAAUACAUUGAGGAAUUUAACAAAAAUUGGGAUUACAGUACAUCCAGAAAUCAUAAUGGAGCUGCAGAAAGGUCUACAGAUACAUGGGCAGAGAGGACAGAGAUCGGGAAGGCAGGAAAUAAUUCAGUUCCAGAUUCAUUCCAACCCUCUUCUUGGUACCUCACCACCAGUGUUACUAUGACAACCAAUACCAUGACCAGCCCUGAGCACUGCCAGAAACAGCCACUGUGGAGCCAGGUUGUCACAGAGAAAAUGGGGGUUAGGGUCUUUCAUAGUCCACCAGUCGUCCGUAGGUUUGAUAACUCAGUGAUAGCUGGUAAUGAAGGAAAAGGCCAGCCUGAGCCAGACUUUUUGUUUCCUGUGGCCAAAGCUAAAGGGAACAUGGGCGAAACAAAAGGUGCUGCUUCAGAAGUAUUUGGAAGAUGGUCUUGUGAACUCUCCAAACAUCACAAUGAUUUCUUAGAAAGUAAUCUUCAUCCCAUUGAGCACCCUAUUUGCACUACUGUGGGUUUUGCCUCAUCGUUGCACAGUUUGGAAAUGUCCAAAAACAUGAGUGAUGAUAUGAAGGAGGUAGCUUAUUCUGUUAGAAAUGCAAUACGUUCAAAUUCAACAGAUCUUCAGUUCAGAGACACAGCUUGUCAGACUAAUGGAGUGAGAACUAUGGGAACGCAGACCACUCAAACAAUCAGUGUGGGCUUGCAGACAGAAACUUUGCGUAGUAUCACCAGUAGUCCACACAAGUGUCUGACACCAAAGGGAGUAUCCACACCUGUGUCAUCACCAUCAAGAAGCUUAAGAAGCAGGCAAGUGGCCCCUGCUAUUGAAAAGGUCCAAGCCAAAUUUGAACGCACAUGCUGCUCUCCCAAAUAUGGUUCCCCAAAAUUACAAAAGAAAGCCUUUUCCAAAACUGAUCAGCUGAAUACUCGGACCUUACCAAGUACACCUCAGAAAGGGUUCAGUGAAUCUGCAUGGGCCAGAUCAACUACUACAAGGGAGAGCCCAGUUCAUACCACUAUCAAUGAUGGCCUCUCUAGUUUAUUCAAUAUCAUUGACCAUACCCCUGUGAUUUAUGACUCUCUACAAAAAUGCUCCAGGUCCUGCAGCCGAUCUAGGUCAGCAGAACCCAGGUCAGAACUGGGGCCCAUGCAAGACAUGUGCACAAGUCUCCGUGGAAGAUCACCCAGUCCCCUCCGUUUGGGCACAGAGCAACAAAAGGAUGAAGGUGCUGAGACGACGAGUAUCAGACAAGACUUAUCAGCUCCUCCAGGAUAUACUCUUACAGAAAAUGCUGCCAGAAUCCUGAACAAAAAGCUUAUGGAGCAUGCUUUAAAGGAGGAAAAAAGACUAGCUUCACACAGCCCUCCCAGUCUUAGCAAUGAAAACAGCACAGGAGAAAUGGUCAAAGCUGAAUCAGGAUCCAUUGAGAACCAAACUGUCUUACUAACUGCCCCCUGGGGACCCUAACCCUGCCUGCCUCACUGCUGAACUACCAUGUUCCGCACUAGCUCCACCCUUAGAAUCCUGCUUCUCCCGGCCAGAGAGACCAGCGAAUCGGCGCCCACCUUCCCGAUGGGCUUCACAUUCCCCUACUGGCUCUCAAUCUCAGUUAACUGAGGAGGAAUAU